AUGCAGCAACCCACACUCUCGCUGCCACCAUCAUCGUGCAGUGGCGACGAUGACACGGUGUGGCUGGGGAGAGGAAGGAGCUUGGAUGAAGAGGGAGCAUAUGAUGUAGAGGAAAGCGACGAUGAUGAGGUCGACGAUGGCGGAGAUGGGCUGCUGAGCGAGGAUGACGUCGAUGAACCAUUGCUGUUGUCAUCCUCAACCUCCACGGCGUCCAGAGCACGGUCAACGGUGGGUGCCAGCUGGUAUUCCCGUAACGAGAGCAGCGACAGCUCCGCUUCCAGCCGUGCAGCAGCUGCUUCAGAGACGCGGCGAGAGCUCAAGUCGCUCGGCUUGUAUGCGGACGCAACGCUGGUGUGGGUGGGCGUGUUCCUCGUCCUCGUGUACUUGGUCCUGGGAUGCGUCUUCUACGUGGCGACCGACAACUCCCUCGUUAUUGACGGCGCCGUAACUCGCGCCUUUGUGGACGCCUUCUACUUCACCACCGUCACCCUUUCCACCGUUGGCUAUGGAGAUGUGCAUCCAGAGCAACAAAAGUCGAAGCUGUUCACGAGCGUGUUUAUUCUAUUUGGGGUGAUCGUUGUCGGGUACUGCGUGGGCGUCGUGGUGGUGGAACUGCACGAGGUGCAGCACCACCAAACCAAGGAGCAACUUGCCAGGGCAGAGCUCGAGCUCUUCGAGCCAGCCAGCGUUAUCCGCGACUGCGCAGACACCGAACAACCGCCCAUCAGACGCAUCUGCACCGAACUGCGGCCCGUCAUCAAGGCUGCCCUCAUCAUGCUGCUGACGAUAGGCAUUGGCAUGGUCAUCAUCUCCCUCGACAAUCCACAAUCGUCCUUUGCCGAUGCACUCUAUUUUGCCUCCGUCUCCGUGACCACGGUUGGAUAUGGCGAUGUGCGGGUACACACAACUGCGGGCAAGGUCAUCGUUGCACUGUACAGCAUUUUCGCGACAGCGGCGUUUGCGCAGGCGCUCGCAACCAUCGCCUCGUUUCCCAUCGCGUACAGGCAGCGACGGCUCCAGAGCCAAGUGCUGCACCAACACGGCAGUCAUUUGGCGCGACAAGACCUGAACGAUGUCAUGUUUGCAAACCGCAAUGCGAGCCGCCCGUUCAUCACCCGCGAGGAGUUUACGCUUCGCCUUCUCCUCCGCAUGAACAAGAUCACGCACGAAGACGUGCGCGCGUGCCACCGGCAGUUUGCAGUCUUGGACGCAGACCACAACUUGCAGCUCGAUCCACACGAUGUUCGCGACAAGGACUAA